AUGUCAGGCAAUCAGCAAGAUUACGUGACGAGGAAUCCGUCUGCAUUACGAAACGAACAACAACAACAGCAGCAACAGCGUACUCCUAGUCCAUUGAGCUUACCUACAUCACCCAAUUCCCUCACUGCGUCGCAACGACUACCUCCCAUAAAUGAAAACUUGCGCGAUCGUAACAAUUCCAAGUCAAAAUCUAAUGUAACCGCCCCAACAUCUCCAAAUGCAAAUGAUUUAAGCUCAAACUCAAACUCAAACUCAAACUCUUCAGGUGGAGGUUCCAAAUCAAAUUCAACACCAGAACCCAUUCAAGUCAACUUGCUCAAUUACAAGUCUAUAACAUUAGAAAAUAAGGGCUCUGUGGCACGCGACCAUAUGGCCAACGAACGUACUUUUCUUGCAUGGCUACGUACAUCUCUUGGAUUCAUUACUUUAGGAAUUGGUGUUACGCAAUUAUUCCGAUUGGAUAAAAAUGACACAACAGUACGCACUACAAACAAUAUAAUUAUGUUGAUGAAUUCCAAAGAUGGCGAUGAGUUGGUGAGAUAUGGUAAACCAUUGGGCGCAAUCUUUAUAGUAUUGGGGAUCCUAACGUUGUUAUUAGGAUUUUAUCGGUUUUUCCUAGUACAGAAAUUCUUGACCAUCAAUUAUUACCCUGCGGCAAGAGUUGGAAUUGCAAUAUUGUUAUUCUUGGUAUUGGCCGUUGUAUUGGUGACUUUUGGCAUGGUGGUAAAAACAUCAUUGGUAUAA